GCUUGUGAUCGAAGCUUUUACUUGGAAUUUACAAUACCUGAAACCUUAUUUGGGGAGAGCCAGGCUCAGUGAAGGGAUUUAGUCGACGAUAAAACGCACGGAGAGGUGAUUUAAACCUUUUUUUAAUUAUUUCCUGUAGCCUACUGCUCCAGUUUCAGUCACAAAAUAACAUAAAAGAGAAAGUAGAUGUAACGUUAUAGAAGAAAACUCAAUUCUUUCGUGGUUUAGGUUUCAGAGAUUGUCUGCUUCAGAAGGAAUUCAGACAUAGGCCUAAUUUGUGCCGCGAAACAUCGCAAAAUGUCGCCGAAAUUACAGUUUCCUGCCUUUUUUUGUUGCGUAUCAGGUAUUUUGGCUGCUUACGCCCAAAAAUGUGGCCAACCACCAUUAGCGGUGAACAGGAUUGUGGGAGGGAUGGACGCCCCAGAAGGGGCUUGGCCGUGGCAGGUGGAUGUACAGACAGUCGAUAAUGCUCAUAUCUGUGGAGGCUCCAUCAUCACAGAGAACUGGAUCCUAUCAGCUGCUCAUUGUUUCCCCAAUCCAUCCGACGUGAGUUCUUACAUCGUCUACGUUGGCCGGUACCAGCUGAAUGGCGUCAACUCGCAGGAGUCAACGCAUCGUGUGAGCCAGGUCGUGAUUCCAUCCGGUUACGACGAUCCUCACAAUGGGAAGGAUGUGGCGUUGGUGCAGCUGUCCAGCCCAGUAACCUGGUCAGAUUACGUCCAACCCGUCUGCUUGCCCGCUUCUGGCACCCUGUUCCCAGGUGGCAUGCUGUGCUAUGUCACCGGCUGGGGGAACAUCCGGGAUAAUGUCCCUCUGUCCGGAGUCGGGACUCUGCAGCAAGUGCAGGUGCCAAUCAUCUCCCCGAGUUCAUGUCAGGAGAUGUACCAGACGAACCCGACGGAGCAGGUGAACAUCCUGUAUGACAUGAUCUGCGCUGGAUACCAGGAUGGCGGCAAGGACUCCUGCCAGGGUGAUUCAGGAGGGCCCCUUGUCUGCCAGAUGGUAAAUGGGACCUGGGUGCAGGCUGGGGUGGUGAGUUUUGGACUGGGCUGUGCUCACCCAAACCAGCCAGGUGUGUACGCCAGACUGACCAGUUACACAAGCUUCAUCAGCAACACAAUACCGGAGAUCCAGCUGUAUGGCCGAGCUAAUCAGAACUGGUGUGGGAGGGCAGCUGUGUUGGUCAGCUGUCUGUCCACUCUACUGAUCCUGCUUCAGAGAUAAGACACUUUUUUGAAAAUUUUGGAUUUCUGGGAGGCAGAACGCAAACCAGGCCAAAUGAAGGAGGAUGUUAUUUAUGUUGGAGGGUUUGAGGUCACGGUGGAUGACGUUGGCAGAGUGCACAUACUUAAGGCCACGGAGGAGCUGCUGUCCCGAGAGAGAAACCCAGAUUACAGGGCGAUGUGCGACCUCGGGGAGUCUGUGAGCUGCUCCAAAGUUUUUACCUCCAGAUGGGGACGUGGUUUUGGCUUGGUCCAGUUCUUUGUUGCCAAAGACAGCCCUCUGAACCAGCCCAACAGUGUGCUUGGCAUCAUAUUUUACACGCUGCAGAUGGGCCUUGCAAACGGAACAAGGAAACUGUUCAACUUACUGGAUGUUAUGUGGGGUGCCUCAUGGGAGGGGCACACCUCAUGGCAGGUGACAGGUCAAACCAGGCAUAUAAAGAGUGACAAACAAGAACUGUGCAGUCAAACAAUGGCUGUGAAGAAGUGGAUCUGCAUAUUGACUCUGGCAAGCCAUUUAUCUGCAGAAUCACAUGCUCAGCUUGAUGUAUGUGGUACUGCUCCACUCAAUACCAGGAUAGUUGGAGGUGAAGAUGCUCCACCUGGAAGUUGGCCCUGGCAGGUUAGUCUGCAGAGAUUUGGCGGCCAUGUUUGUGGUGGUUCCCUCAUCAACAAAGAGUGGGUGAUGUCUGCUGCUCACUGCUUCUCUGGCUCAAACCCAGCAGGAUGGACCAUCAUGUUAGGUCGACAGAACCAGCAGGGCAGUAACCCAAACGAAGUGUGCAGAAGUGUUGCGGAGGUAGUGUUACACCCAGCUUAUGACAGUAACACCAACGACAACGACAUUGCUCUGCUCAGACUCUCCUCACUCGUCAAAUUCACAGACUACAUCAGACCUGUGUGUCUGGCAGCCAGUGACAGUGUGUUCAACAACGGUACUGAUAGCUGGGUCACUGGCUGGGGUGCAGUCAAGGAGGGAGAGCCGUUACCCUCCCCUCAAACUCUACAAGAAGUGGAGGUUCCAGUUCUAGGAAACAGACAGUGUAACUGUCUCAAUGGAGACGGUACAGUCACAGACAACAUGAUCUGUGCUGGUGUACUGGCAGGGGGCAAAGACUCAUGUCAGGGUGACUCAGGAGGUCCAAUGGUGAGCCAGCAGCGCUCCAUCUGGGUCCAGUCUGGAAUAGUUAGUUUUGGUUUUGGUUGUGCUCGGCCCAAUCUGCCGGGAGUCUACACCAGAGUGUCCCGUUACCAAUCCUGGAUCAACUCCCACAUCAGCUCUGAUAAGCCAGGCUUCGUCCAGUUCAACUCUAGUGGGCUGGAUGCUGACAGCAACUACACCUGUCCUGGUCUACUUGCUCAUCGAACAACUUCCCUAACGACAAGACCAAGCAUUACUACCCAAACUGUAAUCAAUCCUGCAAGGUCAGUGUGUGGCAAAGCUCCCAUGAACAGUCGUGUUGUAGGUGACAGCGGUAUUGUACCUGGUGGAACGUGGCCCUGGAUGGUUAGUCUCCAUAAAAAUGGGGUCUAUACUUGUGGAGGAACCCUCAUCGCUGACAACUUUGUCCUCACUGCUGCCAAAUGCUUCUCAUUCCCCAAUCCAGAUGUCAGUGAGUGGAGUGUGUUUCUGGGCCAGCAACGUGUGAACGGCUCUGAAGAGUUUGAGAUGUCUCUGGGCGUUGUGAACAUUACAGUGAGCCAAAUGACAGAUUCCAAUAUUGCACUGCUGCAGCUGGCUAGACCAGUCAGCUACAUAGAUUAUAUCCAGCCUGUGUGUAUGGACAUUAACAAUGCCAGAUCCUUCCCCAUUGGAAGUCGGUGCUGGGUGGCAGGCUGGGAGAAGGGGAGCAAGAGCAGAGCCAUUGAUAAAACCAGCUCAGGUCUUCGAGACCUUGAAACUCAAGUGGCAAAUUGUGGGGAUGUUCCUCAUUUGGAGAACAUUUGCACUUCUACCAUGGACCUUCAACAGGGGGAUCAGGGCAGCCCUCUGCUGUGCAAGUCAGACUCAUCUUGGUUCCAGGUGGCCGUUGUAACAAUGAGUGGAAGUAAAUCAGCCCGUGCUGAUGUUCAGGUCUUUGCCAAAACUUCAAGAUUUGGGUCCCUCCUAAAGGAGACAGUUGCCAACAUGCCGUCUCCUGCAGCAGCUGCAACAGGAAAUACACCAAGUUUCUCAAUUUCCUUCUUCCUGUCUUUCGCUGUCCUCAUUACCUCAAUGUUCCUGUUGUCAUGAUGUUAGGUCUAUUGACACCGGUGGUGGUUGAAGGAGUUCAUUAUUGCACUUAAAAGUAAAGUUGACUGAUAGCUUUAAAGACUCUUCCCAAACCCCUAUUUAUAUUCUGUAAAUGCACUUACGAUACUCAGGUCAAACUGAUACAAAUGUUGCGAGAAGUGAGGCAAUUUUAUAUUUUUAUAACAACAAAGGAAAAAGAUUUUUUUUCUAUAAAUGAACUGUACAGGGAAAUGUCUUUUUCAAAAUGUGUUUCACUAAAUCCAGUUAAAUGAAGGACUUUUGUGUUAUUGUGUAUUCUAUUAUACCUGUUGUCUUCCUACAUAUAAAUGUGAUGAUGAGUCAUGUAUGAAGUUAAAUCUUCUUAAAUUGUUAAGACAAAUGUAAGCUUAAUCACAUAUUGAUGAAGCAUAAAAUAAAGGUCUUUUUACAUAAA